UGAACUGCCGCACUUGUGGGGCGCCCGUGCGGCCGAGUUUGCCCGCUUCUGGGCGGAAGUGGCGCGGGCUUCCGCCGUUUUGGUGGUAAUUAGGAGAGAGCGAUUUUAGGCUUGCCACAAACUUGGUUGCAUUGGGUGUCGUCAUUUUCGCUCUGUUUUCAAAUGGAAGAGACGCUGAUCAUUAAGACGGAAGAGGCGCCUCAGAAGAAUGAGGAAACGGUGGUUUUGCAGAACAUCCCCAUGGAGAGUGAGGAGAUUCCCAUCGUCUUUGGGGAGCUAAUUGAGAAUAACUCCGAUGGGAAUCUCCAAAUUAACAGCGUGCAGGAGGAGGAUGUUAUACACACUUACAUCAUUCAGGAAGGGGAGUAUAGUAACAUUGAGUAUGAGGAAACCACCAUAACCGAAGAGAAGGAAGAGGUGGAGAAGGAACAUGAGGAAGGUGAAGAGAAAGAGGAUGAACACUCAGAAGUCGAGCAAGAACUUGACGAAUCAAACUCCAUGGAUUACUCGGAAAGUUACGUUGAACAAACUGAAGAAGCAGAAGAUGAUCCGGAGGAUCACCCCGACUAUGCUGACUCACAAGAAUUUGGCGAGUUUGAGUGUGAUUUGUGUCAACGGAAAUUUAAAACUACUGCUGGCCUCAAAAGACACAUCACUGUAAAUCACGCUGAAGAAGAGGACUUGAAGGACCCUCUAACUUUCCAGUUGUGUCCCUGUUGUGGCGAACCAAUGGAUUCGGCCCACACUAUCGGGGACUUUAAAUGCGAGAAAUGUGACAAGCUUUUCGUCCAGCAAAACAGCCUCGAUCGCCAUUACAGUAUUGAGCAUUGUGAGGGCAAUGCUUACAAGUGUGUAGAUUGUAGGAAAGAAUUCAAGCAGAAAGAACAGUUGAUUGACCACAUGAAAGUUCAUCCUCUGUCCAAGUCGAUUAAAUGCCCCGAUUGUAACCGGGAAUUCACGCGCAAGUAUCAUUUAGACAGACAUAUUGACCAGACUGGGUGCAAUGGGGCGCCCAAAAAGGCAUUUGCUUGUAAGGUUUGUAACAAAGUAUUUCAUCGCAAAGAUAAUCUCGCUGAUCACUUGAGAGCUCACGCUGGACAAGGAAAGAGGAAGAAACUUUUUAUUUGUGAAUAUUGCCAAAAAGAAUUUCACGGCUCUGCUUUACUUAAUAUUCAUGUGAGAACUCACACAGGUGAAAAACCGUAUCCUUGCGAUUUGUGUCCUAAGAGAUUUCCGUCAAGUGGCGCAAUGAAGAAACAUAGAAGGAUGCACACUGGAGAGAGACCAUAUUCGUGUAAAGAGUGCCAUAACAGAUUCGCCGCUAAAGAGACCCUCAACCGCCACAUGCGCACCCACACCGGCGAAAAGCCGCAUUCUUGCCAAUUCUGCGGCAAAUCCUUCAUCCAGGCAUCGCAACUGCGUGCCCACAUUUUCCACCACACUGGUGAAAACGCGUACACUUGCCCUCACUGUAACCGAGCUUUCAACCGAAAACUACGAUUGACAACUCACAUUAAAUACAUGCACGAAGGAGCAGAGCCUUUAACAUGCUCCGAAUGCGAUAAAACCUUUUUCAGAAAGGAGGACUUAGCGCGCCACUUUUUAUCACACACUGGAGAGCGACCGUUCGAAUGCGACGUCUGCCACAAAUCGUUCGCUGUAAAAUCCUCGUUGAAAAUCCACCAAUUGACCCACCGUAAAGAACCCCCGUGUAGUUGCGAUACGUGCGGGCGGGCGUUCAUUCGCCAGGAUUGCCUGAUGCGGCAUAUGCGAGCUCGUCAUAGGGACGUUCUUGAGGAUAUUAUGGCGAGUGCAGAGAAGAAGCGGUUGCAGCAACAGUUGUUGAAUGCUGCGACGGAAGCCGUGGCUAAGAAUCAAGGAAGUUUGACGGAGAAUAUGGUUUGGAACGAGUUGACUUUGACAGAGUCGAUUAAAGAGUUGUUGACGAUUCUUGUGGAUGAGGCGUGUUUGCAAGAUUUUGGAUUUCCGGAUGCUCCAGUUGAUAAGAUUUUGGAUGCGGUGAUUAAAAGAUGUGGGCACAAGCCGGCCUCUGAGGAAGAUUUUGACUACAUUGGGCGCAUGAGAGAGAACGCCAAGUUGCUGUUCACUGUGGUUAUUGACGACGAAGCGGUCAAAUCUUUAUUGAAUAAUCAGACGGUGGAUGAAGUGAUACUGCAUGUCUUGAGGUUAGCAAAGGCUGAGAGUACUUAGAACUAGACGUUUAGAAAUUUAGGGCGUAUUUUUGUAGUUAGUUACAGUUUCUUCAAUGAAUGUAUGUACAGUCUUACUUUUCUUUUAUUAAUUAUUAUAUGUUUAAAAUCACAAUGAUGUGUUUAUAUUCACCAUUAUAAAUUUACUUGUUUACUGAUUUUUUAUUUGGGUCGUAUCAUGUAUGGGAGAUAUUGUUAAUACAUAUUUUAAUAAAGA